CUUGAAUUGUAUAAGCGCUACGAUAGGAAUCAUACUUAUUACAUUUCGAGGAAGCCACAUCCAACAACAUGCAGACAUUUGCUGUCAUCAUUGGUAUCAAUAAGUAUUUUUAUGAACAACAUCUACAUGGAGCAACUGGUGAUGCUGAAAGAUUUGCUGAAUGCCUCAGAAGCUCAUUGCAGGUUCCUACGGAGAACAUGAUCGUAUUGCUGGAUGCCGCUGCAACACGGGAUGAGAUCCUGAAAUCUCUUCAUACUCAUCUCCGCGACAACGACCGAAUCCAUCGCGGAGACGCCAUCGUCAUCUAUUUUGCCGGUCAUGGCACCCUCUACGAAACGCAUGUACGCAAACCCAUGGAGGCAAUCAUGCCGGUUGAUAGUGGUUUGGAGUUGCCAGAUGGCACACAUAUUGUCGACAUCAGCGAUCGCCAGAUCAAUCUCUUCCUCAAAGAGCUUUAUGAUGCGAAAGGGGAGAACAUCACCGUCAUAAUGGAUUGUUGCUAUUCAGCCGGGUGCAGCCGUGAUGGCUCUUCCCGGCACGACCAAGUCACUGUUCGCAGCAGGCCUUCUCUCCAAUUCACGUACCAGGACCUCAUCGACGCGGCUGAAGCGGACAAGUGGAAGCGGUGGAGUCCCGGGUCUGCGACCGAUUCCGUAUACCAACCGUAUGAGGAAUCACACAUGUUGCUUGCAGCAUGCUGUUCCAACGAGAAGGCUUAUGAAGACGGAGAGGAAGGCGUGUUCACGCGAAGACUGCUACAAAUGUUGAAUUCCCACUCUCUCAAUUCCAUCACCUAUCAAGAGCUUGAGGAUUACAUGAAUCACGGUUCCGUUACACACCGUCAGUGCCCCGUUGUUGUUGGAAGGCACAAAACGAGCCGCAUUUUCCGGAUCGGCCAUCCCCUCUCGUCUGGCUCUGGCGUGGGUAUCGAGACAGGCGGUAGUACGAACUUAGGCUCGUCCACGAGCAGUGGCGGGCAGGGAUGGCUCCAACGCAGCGUCGUCCGCACCGGGACAUGGAUCAGGCUCAACAUCCUCUCAUACGCCUUCUGGCCCAAGCGCAGACAGUAAAUGGGGCAGAUCAAGCAGUGGCAGCGAGACCGAAGCAGCGGAUUGUCAGGGUAGGGCAGUGGAGGUGGGACUGGGUCGAACACAGGCAGAGAGACAUCUGGUACGGGAAGCGGGUCGACGACGGGGAGUGGGAGUGGGAAAGGUGGCUAUAGCGUGGGAAGGACAGGCGCGGGCGCGGGCUCGUUAAGCGCCAGUGCGGGCGCUUCCUCCUCCUCUUCCAGCGACUGAGGGCUCGCGGCGCCGCUGCUGAAGUCGGUGCGGGCCAGGUGGCGAGUUUUUUUUUUCACGUAAUCCGGCUCCGACCCUGGAG